AUGGACGAGCCUCCCACGGAGACGCGUACCAGUCGCGCAAGAUGGCUGAAUCCCAAGACGUGGUGGUCCGCCUUGGACAUGGACGUCGAAACCCUGCUCAAGAUGAUGAAGGGUGCCCUGCCCCCUGUACUAUGUAUCGCCAUCUUCCAGGCGGACUCCUUUCUCAAGAUUCUCUCACUCUGCCUCAUCGCCACCGCGCUUUCGUUUGCGCUCUGCUGCCUUGCCAUCUUUUGCGCUGACAAGGCUCGUCAGGGGAAUAGCGCUGCAACCGUCCAAGGCCCAUACUUUACGUAUAACCCGGAUGCGGCGGCCGUGUGCGGUGUGUUCCUCUUCUUCAUGAUAUGGUACAGUUCCUACCAAGACCCCGGCGUCUGCUUCUCCCUCCUCGCCGUCGUCGUGCUCACCCGCGCCAGCUCCGUCGCCACCUUUACCGAGGGCCUCGACUUCAUGUGGCGCAUCACCAAGGCCUUCCUCCUCGGCUUCGCCAUGGCCACCGGCGUCUCCCUCUUCAUCCUCCCCAGCACGUCCCGCGGCGCCGUCUUCGCCACCACGCAGGCCUACGUCGCCCAGGCGCAGAUCGCCCUCGACGCCCUCGUCGACUUCGUCAACGAGACCCCCGACGACGUCCUGCUCGCCACGCCCGCCCUGCUGGACGCUGAGCUCGAGCCCGUCGAGACCGUGCAGACCCUGAGGACGGCCGUCGACACCGACAGCAUCGGCGCCGUGCGGCAAAAGAUUGCCCAGGCCCUCGGCGCCCUCAACGCCCUCGACGCUCAGAUGCAGACGAACCUCGGGUACGCCAAGAUCGAGGUCGCGUGGGGCAGGCUCUCGGCCGCUGAUCUGGAAAGGUGGCCUACGCAUGUCCUCGACGAACUCGCCCAGCUCACGCGAGUGGGACUGCAGUACUUCCUCAACGAACUCCAGGUUUCCCCGGCGCCCUGGUCCCAAUUCCACCACGCCAAACCAAAGACGUCGCAGCCCGACGGCAUCGAGUUGGAGGACGUCGACGGGGCUUCCGUCCACCUCGACCCCACGAGCCCCACAUUCCUCGACGACUUUACCCGUUGCCUCAAGGAUCUGUCUCGCCGGAAGCGAGCCAUCGAGCAGCUCGUGAAGCACUCCGAAGAGGUGGACGGCCGCGCCGAGGACUUUUCCGGCAUCCAGCACGAGUACUGCCUGGCUCUCUACCUCUUCUACAUGGAGGAUCUCGUGGCGAACUCCGUCUAUUCGCUCGUGUCUUUUGCCAAGAGCAAGGUCGACGACGGCACAAUGUCCCGCAGCCGCCUGAUCUACCCCACCUUCCUCGAGUACUACCGCCACGACGGCGAGCCCCGCGAGGAAGAGGAAGAAUCUUCCGUCUACUCCAACUGCUCCGUUCCGCGCGAGUUCCAGGACGGUGCCACCGUCACCGACCCCAUCCACCUCAUCCCCACCCACUUUUGGGAGCGCUGGGCCGGCAAGCUCGGCAAGGUCGCGCGGUUCCUCGGCUCCGACCUCAGCAUGUUUGGGCUCCGUGUCGCCGCCGCCUCGCUGUGCCUCGGCAUCGUCGCGCUGCUGCAGGACAGCCAAGAGUUUUUAUCCGCCAACGCGUUCUACAUCUACGUCAAAAUGCCCAAGUACUUUGGCACAUCCGUCAUUGCCAUCAUCACACUAAACGUUGCAAUAGGGUACGAGGUUAACGCCGAUAAACUCGGCCACGAAGCCUCCGAGGCCAACGGGCAGCCCUACUACCCACUCUAUCUUUUCAGCCCUUACAAAUUCUUCGCCGUCGCCAUCGGCUGCGCCGUGUCCUUCAUCUGGGUCAUCUUCCCGUACCCCAUCACCGCCAAAUCACGCCCACCGCGUCGCGACAGGGGCGAGACCAUCCGCUCCGUCGUCUACCCGCAAGAGCAGCUCCAAGCUAUCAGCCUGGACCUGUACAAGAAGCAGCUACGAGCCCCCGCCGGGGGCAAGUUUCCCAUCAGGCCUUACGAGGGCAUGAUCUCGGCCACCCAGCAAAGUCUCAACAUCAUCACCCUCAUGGCCUACAUUGGCCGAACAAUGUCUUCGGAGACGUCCCGGAGCAGCACCUCCGACGGGACAGAGCUCGCCGACCCCGCCGACGGCACCUCGGGCUGGGUAUCGAACUUGGCUGCGGCGGCGCUCGAGUCGACCGAUUUCCAGUCGCACUCCACCACGGCGUUGCUGUGCCACCUCGGGGCCGCCAUGAUGAGCAGCCAGCCGCUACCGCCUUUUCUCGGAGUAUCCGAGUCCUUCCCGCUGGCGAAGCAGCUGCGGAGGCUUAAUGAUGAGCUGCUUCAUAUUCGGAACGCAAGAUACCCGGCCUUUGUCGCGUUUAUUGCUCUGGAGGUUCUCAAAACCACUUUUAACAAAGAACUCAAGAUUCUCUUGGAGUAA